AUGGCCUCCGCCGCCGUGCUCAAGAGCGCACGAUCGCACCCCAAGCUUCUGUCGCUCCAGCACGUGGACGACGCCUUCCUCUGCGGCGGCGACGCGCCCAUGACCCCGCUGGGCAACGACGCGCCGCUCUUCGCCGCCACCGUGUCCCCGCGCGACCCCGCCGCCAAGCUGGCCGCCGCCUCGGCCUCGCCCAGCAGUAGUAAGUCGCACCAGCAAGGCCCCGCCUUCGCCAGCCACCGCGUGUGCAUCCCCUCGUCCGCCUCCAGCGACGACGCCUCGGAUGACGAAGACGAUGAGACCGAGGACGUCUCGCGCGCCGCCGGCUCCAGCAGCAAGCCCGUCAAGGGCAACACCGGCCGCUGGACCGAGGCCGAGCACAAGCUCUUCCUGCAGGGCCUCGAGACCUUCCCCUACCGCGCCUGGAAGAAGAUCGCGACCCUCAUCAAGACGCGCACUGUCGUGCAGAUCCGCACCCACGCCCAGAAGUACUACCAGAAGCUGGAGAAGGAGGAGGCGCGCCUCAAGGAGCGCGAAGCGCAGGACCGCGCGGUCAUCGCGGCCGGCGCAGCGCCCCCCUCGCCCUCCACCCCCACCAGCCCCGCCUCGCAGAAGAAGAAGAUGCACCUCAUGCGCAAGCGCAAGUGCUCGAUGCUCGACAUGGACACGGAGACCGACAGCGAUGCCGCUGUGCUGCCCAGCGUCCCCAAGCGUCUCGCGCGCGAGCAGCCCCUGGCUGCGCACAUGUCCCCCAAGCAGAAGGUGUCUUCGCUCUCGGGCAAUAAGGUCUUCUUCGGCAACCCCAUGGACGCGCGCUUCAUGUUCGGUCGGAACAUCAAGAGCCACGCCGUCAUGCAACCCCCGCACCAGCUGCCGCUCGACUUUGCUGACGCGGCCGCCGAAGCCAUGAUUCUCGACUUCGCCGAGGACAAGACCCUGGCCGACUACUCGCUCGACUGCGCGGACCAGACGCUGUCGUCUAUCGACAACGACGACCUGCUGCAGCUCACGGAGGAGGAACUCGAGUGGUUCUCGAGCACGGAGCAGCCUGCCGCCACGACCGAGACCAAGGUUGAGGCUGCUGCCAGCCCGGACUCCGAGCCCUUCUCGGAGCUGGACACCGCUGCCCUGGGCGGCGACAACUUUGCCGCGGAGCUGUGCCUCGACGACGACGACUUUGUGCUGGACCCGGAGAAAUUCCUGUCGAGCUACUUCGCCCCGAACGAGCAGGCAUGA